UAAUUGUCAAAACUAAGUAUGAGCGAGUAUCGCUUCAAACUUUGCAAAUUGAAGAGAUGACAAAGUGGAUCCUCGGUUUCACUCUGUUUGGAUCCGCCAUGUGGCUCUUAAGUUUUAUGGUACAAUCGAACCGUGAUUUCGAUUACAACAGCAGAUUGGAAAACAGGAACAUCGCGGACAUCAGUGAAUUUCCAUCGCAAGUUUCGCUGCAUUUCUUGGGAAGUCACGCCUGCGGAGCAACAAUAAUAAGCGAGAGCUGGAUUCUCACCGCGGCCCACUGCAUUGAAAUGUCUUUCAACUUUUUGCACAAAGUGUACGCAAACUCUAACAAAUGGAACGACAACGGCACGGCGCACCAAGUGUUGGAAAUCAAACGCCACCCUGGCUUCACCUCCAGCAACCUGACAAGUGAAGACAUUGCACUGAUUCAGGUCGAGCCGCCCUUUCAAUUUAGCAGAACGGCUCGGCCGGCUCGACUUCCAGACCACGGCGAAGACGUGAAAAGCGGUGAAAAGGGCGUAGUUAUUGGUUGGGGUUUUGACAAAAACGGAUGGAUGAGCCCAUAUUUGAUGAAAAUGGAGCAAGUGGUCAAAAGUUAUGACGAGUGCUUUGAAAUUUUUCAACCGGACGUGCCAUUGAGAAGAAGCCAGUUAUGCGCUGAAAUUGCAGAGGACUCGAAGGAAAUUUGCACGGGUGAUUCUGGAGGCCCCCUCUUUGUUGGCGACACGAUUGUGGGGAUCGUUUCGUGGGCAACCAACGAUUGCGAAGACCGGGACUUCCCUGGUGUGUUCACCAGGGUAGCCUCGUUUCGCAACUGGAUCAAGGAAAAUUCUGGCGUUUGAAGCGCGUGUGAACCACAAUGAGGAGACUUCAUGCUCGCCUUUGAUCGAUCAUCUAUUAAGUUCUGAUCAGCUAAAUUAUCUGCUGAUCCUGUGCUGAUCGAUGCGUCUGUUUCAUGGGACGCGUGCUAUGAUUGAUAGAGACAUAGAUAACUGGGCACUUGACAUUAGGAUUAGAUCUAGUUUGAAAGAACCUUGGAGAUUAAAUUGAAAAAUUGUUUAAAAUAUAUUUUAAGUAAACUAAAUAUUGCUGAAAUAAUAAACUGAAAACAAUUGUAACUGUACUUAAUUGUCUAAACACAAUGUAACAUGGAAGACUUGAAAAAAAUCACGUAUCUCACAUUGUGAAAUAAAGAGAGCUACUAAAUUUAAUCAAUGUUCCAUUAUUUUAUC